AUUUUAAUGGCCGUCAGUAGCACUACAAAAUGCAUCAAGUCCGGAUUAUCCACUGUAUUUAGACUGUACUAGCCACUGGUGCGUUUUGGAUGCUCUUCUUUGACAACGAGCUUUGCUCUUUGGGCACAGAAUGUGUUUUUAGUGCUGUUUCCACCGCGCUGAACGGACUUUACCCGCUUGAUUUGUGCGCGAGUUGGAGAUCAGGCCUAGCCGGCUGGCUAAAAAACAAGCGGACGUUAAGCUAGUCGCCGGAGUUGAAAGGGAAUAUGUAACAGAAAGCCACCGACAUGACAUCCAGGUUCGGUAAAACGUACAACCGCAAGGGAGGGGAGGCCAAUUCGAAAUUUGACGAGGUCUUCUCUAAUAAAAAACCUACACUAACCACCAAAUGGGGAGAGACCACCUACAAGGCUAAAUUGGGGGCCAAAAGGCCUAUCAUAAAGCCUGAUGUUUCUGAGCUUUCCAAGAGGCCAAGGCUUGAGGACAGUGACAGUGACGAAGACCCAUUUGGGUUUGACAGUGAUGAUGAGUCUAAGACCGAAACCUCUCACACUGUGUCCCAGUCCAAAGUCAGUGAGGGGGGUCUGACAAAGACAGCUGCAGUGCAGGGUGCUGGGACAGCCACUGUUGUUACUUCCACACAGUGCUCUGCAAGCUCAACAGCCACAUUCACAACUGUGCAAACAUCUGAAGAGGUGGUUGUUAAAAAUAACCAGCCCUGGUACAAAACUACAUCAGAUAGCAACCAAAAAGCUGCAUGCAAAACCUCUUUUUCAAACACAGUCCCGUCUGAUGAUCACAACUUCUCUGCACCUCAGAGGUCCAUCUCCUCCUCUCCAAAUAUAGUGACCCCCCUUAAACUGUCCACUGAUGCACCAGGUGGUAGCAAAGACUUCCAGACCCCUUCCUCUUAUGAUGGACUGCCAUUGGAAGAAAUGACAAAUGCUGAAGGGGAGCUUCCCACAGAGCUUCCACCAGAACCAGUGGACAACAUCCCCCCUUCCCCAUUUACCCUGAGGGCCUCUAACUGCAAGAAAUACCUGCGACCCACCAGGCCUAACAAAACAUCCUCUGAACCUGCUGAAAACAACAGCAACAAGCCCACUGAAACAGCGAGUGCCCAAGAUAAACCCAACAGUGUCCUUUCUGCUAGUGCAAGUAGUACUGCUGCCAGUGCUAAAACAGCAGCCAAGCCCACAGGCAGGGGUGGCGGCAGGGUACGGGACUACACGGUUCUGCACCCUUCCUGUCUGUCAGUGUGCAACGUCACCAUCCAGGACUCAAUUGAGCGGAGCAUUGAUGAACUGGUUGCCCCAGCUGCCCCUGCUGACCUCGGAGAAGCAGGCCAGAUGAAGAAGAAGUCAGACGCCACGCCACCCAAAACUUCCAGGUUCAGACCCACCCAGACAAAGACCAAGAAAUCCAAGACUGAGACCAAGCUAGAGUUUUUUGGCUUUGAAGACAAAGAGGACCAGGGGGACGAGGAGGGUCCAGAGGCCGGCAUGGCAGGCAAGAGUAGCUACAAGAUCAAAUACUUUGGCUUUGACGACCUCAGCGAGAGUGACAGUGAUGACGAGAGCUCUCAGGCCAAGGAGAAGAAGGCCAAGAAGGCGGCUGCAGCCUUAGCUGCUCUGAGCUCCAGUGUGGACAGCCCUCAUACCAGUGACUCUCAGGACAGUCAGGCCAGCAGCAAUACAGAUGCGUUUGACUUUUCUGAUGACUCCAGUCCUGGCGGCGCUGAGGGGCAGAAAGGACGCUCAGGGAAGCCAAGUGACAAAUCCAAGGACAUUGGCAGUGGACUCAAAAAGAUUUUCAGUGGACCCAAAAAGUCUCCUGCUAAAGCUGUGUACAACGCUCGCCACUGGAACCAGCCUGAGCCUGAAGAGGUGCCUGUGCCUCCACUUUCUCGAUCUCAAACUGCCCCGGCCAUUUUAUCGAGCAGCAGCAAGGACAGCAACUCCCAUAAAGAUGAUGGCUUGUUUAAAGCCCCUCCACCGCCGCCCAAAGUCAUCAAGUCAGAGACCAUCCCCACACGACUCAACCAGGAUAUUGUCACUGCGCUUAAAUGCAGGAAGGAGCACAAAGAGCUGUACACGGUGGUGCAGCAUGUGAAGCACUUCAAUGACGUCGUGGAGUUCGGAGAGAAUCAAGAGUUCACAGAUGAUUUUGAGUACCUGGAGACAGGGCUGAAAAGCAGUCAGCCUCUCAACACAAGAUGCCUUAGUAUAAUCAGCCUGGCCACACGGUGUGCCAUGCCGGGUUUCAGGAUGCACCUGCGGGCCAGAGGGAAAGUGGCGCAGGUCUUCAAAAUGCUCAGUGAUGCUCCACAACACCCAAACCUUGCUCUGUGCACGGCUGCCCUGAUGUACAUUCUGAGCCGGGAUCGUCUCAACAUGGAUCUGGACAGGGCCUGUCUGGAGCUUAUGAUCAAGCUGCUGGAACUGGACCAGGACUACUCAGCCCACCAGGAUCAGCUCACCACAAAGGAGGUUGAAAAGGUCAAGGAGAAGAUCAGAAAGCUGUGUGAGACCGUGCACAAUAAACACCUCGACUUGGAAAACAUCACGACUGGCCACCUUGCCAUGGAGACAUUGCUCUCUCUAACCUCCAAGAGAGCCGGGGAUUGGUUCAAAGAAGAACUGCGACUACUGGGAGGUCUGGACCAUAUUGUAGAUAAAGUUAAAGAGUGUGUGCAGAACCUGAGCCAAGAGGAUGACAAGGAGAACCUUGUGGCAUCUUUAUGGGGGGCUGAGAGGUGUCUGAGAGUGCUUGAAAGUGUGACAGUGCAGAACCCAGAAAACCAGGGUUACUUGAUUGCCUACAAAGACUCGCAACUCAUCGUCUCCUCUGCCAGAGCUUUGCGGUACUGUGAGGAUAUGAUUCAGCGAUACAGCAGGGCGUUAAACAACAGCUCUUUGUCAUCGUCGGGUGCAACGCUGCCCCACUGCAGCUUCAGUAACGUGGGCAAGGCUGUGGAGGACUGCAUGAGGGCCAUCAUAGGAGUGCUGCUCAACCUUACUCAUGACAAUGAGUGGGGAAGCACUAAGACAGGUGAGCAGGAAAACCUAACACUCACUGCUCUGAAUUGCGUCCUUCGAGUUCCACGCUACAUCCCCCAGGAGCAGCGCUUUGAUGUUCGAGUACUGGGUCUGGGUCUACUAAUUAACCUUGUGGAGUAUAGCUCCAGAAACCGCCACUGUCUGGUGGACAUGGAGUACAAAGUCGACGACACCUGUCUGGAAGACAGCCUGAUGCAGCCUGCUGACCCAACACAACCAGACACAGAGGCAGCGUCAGCACCGCCAAGCACAGCUGAGACUCAGGGAGAGGGGGCUGUCAAGCCCAAGGCCUCUGGUGCUUUGGCUGCCCUGGUGCAGCUCUUCCUGGAGAGGGAGCGCGCUGCCAUCCUGGCUGAGGCUAAGACUGAUGACCUCAUCAGCGAGGCGCCCAAGCCGGCACUGGACCAAAGCGGAGAGUGGCAGGAGACGUCGGGAGAGAUCCAGUGGGUGGCAGCCGAAACCAACGACAACCAAACUGAGAAGAAAGAGAAUGAGAAGAAAGAGGAGGAGGAUGAAGAGCUGGAUCUAAAUAAAGCUCUGCAGCAUGCAGGCAAGCAUAUGGAGGAUAGUAUUGUUGCCUCCUACACCGCUCUGCUGCUGGGCUGCCUCUGCCAGGGCAGCCAGAUAAACGUGACUACUGUGAGAGAGCAUCUACCUAAAGGGGAUUUCUCCAUCAUGACAGAAAUGCUGAAGAAGUUCUUGAGUUUCAUGAACCUCACUUGUGCGAUGGGCACCACAGGACAGAAGUCCAUCUCGCGGGUCAUCGACUACCUGGAGCACUGUUAACAGACAGCCAGACAGGGAACUCACACUCUGCACAUUAAAGGGAUCCCAGGCUAUUCUGGUGCCCCCCUGGCCAACAGGAGCCAUGAGGGAUUCACUGGAGACCGCAUUCCUCUGACGUCAUCGGGUCACCCAAUGCUGUGAUCACUCUGAAUUGUUAUCGAUAAUGGAGCGCGAACACACAAA